AUGGGAGCGAAGAAGCAGAAGAUGGUGAUGGAUUUGAUUGUGUUGUCGUUGAUGUUAUUUGCUUUGGGUGCAAGUGGUUGGACUGGUGAAAUUCAUGGAAGAGUUGUUUGUGAUAUUUGUGGGGAUUCUUCUCUUGGACCUGAAGAUCAUGUUCUUGAAGGUGCUGAAGUUGCUGUUCUUUGCAUCACCAAAUCCGGCGAUGUUCUAAACUAUCAGGCAUUUACAGAUGCUAAGGGGAUAUACACAGUAGCCGAGACAAUGCCUGAGAGUGAUCGUUGGGAUGCAUGUCUUUCUCGACCAAUCAGUAGUUUCCAUGAUCGUUGCACAAAUCUUGGGAGCGGUAGCGUAGGGGUGAAAUUCAGUUACAAUCAUCCAUCAGGGUAUUCACACACUGUCAGAACCUUUGUGUACCGACCGGUUGACGUUCCAUCUUACUGCUGA